AUGCUCGCGCAAGGUGCCACUGCACCGUCAACGCACCCUCUUGCUGAUCGCUUUGCGAUCGAAAUACAAAGUGAUAUUGAGAAAAACAUUGACGAAUAUGAAGUGUUCUGUGUCGAUAUUUGUGAAGAGUGCGAAUUUGUGCAAAGAUAUAACAUCGCGUACGGACCGCGGCUUAUGUACGUUCUUUUUGUUCUGAAAAGAUGGCUAACGGCUGAACUUUUCCGCUUUUGUCGCUUGACCAUGGAGCACGUCGCCUUGCUUUUCCUUCAGUUUGGCCUAGGUAUCGCCAAGCUUCCCAGCGAUAUAUCGGAAGCAAGCCGAAUACGGCUGUUCCCUUAUAAGGUUUGCAAGGAAUCAGAGCAUAGAGAAAGACUUACCGAUAUCUCAAAAUGUGCUCGACGGAAAAUAUGAAA